GAUUAAAAAUUGUCACUGAUAUUCUCUGUUUUCAUAAACUACAGCAGAUUUGAAUCGCCCAAUUUUUGUUUAAACCACUGUAUUGGUGCUUUACGGUUGCUUGUUGAGUGAAAGAUAUGAGCAUUUUCGAAUUUCAGUCUGAGAAUCCGAGACUUUUCUCCAUGGGAAACCAGGCUCCGUCGGUACUGGAUUCAUGCUCCGACGAGGAGGCGGCUUUCGGCGAUAAGGAAGACGGUGAUUGGUUGUCGAGGCUACUGGUUGAGGCCGGCGGAAAUACAGAUGAUGAUUCCGGCGACGUCGUUUUUGUAAGUGAGCUGUUCCCCAAAAUCCGAUCUGAUUCUGUGAAGGCGCUGGCUAAGGCUGUUGUUGAUGACGAAGGUGAUGAUGAUUGUAUGGUUUUGGAUGGUGACCCUGACAAUCCGGUGGUCGCCGUCAAUGAUAAGGCUGACGGUGGUGAUUCCGAUGAACUCGAGAUUGUUGGUGAGAAGGGUGAGUGUCACUGUUAUGUGUGUGACACACUGGCUCCGUGUCUCCAUUGGGGCACUGGCGCUAGCAGCACUGAACAUUGCCAUGCUAGUGAUAAAGACGAAUAUUGGAGAGCAGAGCGGAAGCGUGCAAAGAAAGUUAUAAGCCUUCGGCUGUGCAAACCCUCAGUGCGGUCACACCCUAGAAGUACUAACACUGUUUCUCCAAAGGUUACUCUUAUGAAUACUCUUAUGAACAAACACCACCAUGUAGGAGUACAAAAUCCUCUGUCCUCCUAUCAUCCAGUCUUCAAGCGAACGGGUUAUGGGCCUUUCACAAAUAAUAAUCACGCGCAUGGGUCUCAAUUAUCUAGAGACCCACCUCUGAACAGGCACCCUGCGUUCCAGGCUCCUGUCACAAAUGGCCGCCAUGACGCAAAUCAGCUUAUGUAUGGAAGUCCGGCUGCUGGAUUACCUUCUGCUACCUGCCUUCUGAAGCUCAGAUAA